AGUCUGAGGAUCGUGCGGCUGGCCCCCCCCCCUAGUAUGGCCAAUGAAGAGGAUGACCCAGUCGUACAGGAGAUCGAUGUGUACUUGGCCAAAAGUCUGGCGGAGAAGCUCUAUCUGUUUCAGUACCCUGUGCGUCCAGCCUCGAUGACCUAUGAUGACAUUCCACACCUCUCGGCCAAGAUCAAGCCCAAGCAGCAAAAGGUAGAGCUUGAGAUGGCCAUCGACACCCUGAACCCCAACUAUUGCCGCAGCAAAGGGGAGCAGAUCGCACUCAACGUGGAUGGCGCCUGUGCAGACGAGAGCAGCACAUACUCCUCGAAGCUGAUGGACAAGCAGACGUUCUGCUCCUCCCAGAGUACCAGUAACACGGCCCGUUACGCCGCUGCACUCUACAGGCAAGGUGAGCUUCACCUGACUCCUUUACACGGCAUCCUGCAGCUGCGGCCCAGCUUCUCCUACCUGGAUAAGGCAGAUGCCAAGCACCGAGAGAGGGAGGCGGCCAAUGAGGCAGGAGACUCCUCGCAGGACGAGGCAGAAGAAGACGUGAAGCAGAUCACGGUGCGGUUCUCCCGUCCUGAGUCAGAGCAGGCCCGCCAGCGCCGUGUGCAGUCGUACGAGUUCCUGCAGAAGAAGCACGCCGAGGAGCCCUGGGUCCACCUGCACUACUACGGCCUGAGGGACAGCCGCUCUGAGCACGAGCGCCAGUACCUCCUGUGCCAGGGUUCCAGCGGGGUUGAGAACACAGAGCUUGUCAAGUCACCCAGUGAGUACCUCAUGAUGCUGAUGCCACCCAGCCCAGAGGAGGAAAGUGAAGAUAAACCUGUGGCCCCCAGCAACGUCCUGUCCAUGGCCCAGCUGCGUACCCUGCCCCUGGCCGAUCAGAUCAAGAUCCUGAUGAAGAAUGUGAAGGUCAUGCCUUUUGCCAACUUGAUGAGCCUCCUGGGCCCCUCCAUCGACUCUGUGGCUGUUCUGCGUGGCAUCCAGAAGGUGGCGAUGUUAGUCCAAGGAAACUGGGUGGUGAAGAGCGACAUCCUGUACCCCAAGGACUCCUCCAGCCCUCACAGCGGCGUGCCUGCCGAGGUGCUCUGGGGCCGAGACUUUGUCAUGUGGAAGUUCACACAGAGCCGGUGGGUGGUACGGAAAGAGGUGGCAGCAGUGACUAAACUCUGCACGGAGGAUGUGAAGGACUUUCUGGAGCACAUGGCCGUAGUGAGGAUCAACAAAGGCUGGGAGUUCAUACUGCCUUACGACGGAGAGUUCAUCAAGAAACAUCCAGAUGUGGUCCAGCGGCAGCACAUGCUGUGGUCGGGUAUCCAGGCCAAAUUAGAAAAAGUCUAUAAUCUCGUGAAGGAAACCUUGCCAAAGAAGCCAGAUGGACAAUCAGGGCCUGCCGGGCUGGUCUCCGGGGACCAGCGCGUCCAGGUGGCCAGAAGCAAGGCCCAGCAGAACCACGCGCUGCUGGAACGGGAGCUGCAGCGGAGGAAGGAGCAGGUGCGGGCGUCCACGGUCCUGCCCGGCGUGCGGAUCAAGGAGGAGCCCGUGAGUGAGGAGGGAGAGGAGGAGGAAGAGCAGGAAGCAGAAGAUGAGGAGCCCAUGGACACCUCUCUCGGUGGCGGCCUCCACAGUAGGCUGGCCAACGGGCUGCCUGGCGGGCGGGCGGCGGGCGGGGACAGCUUCAACGGGCACCCGCCCGGGCUGUGCCGGCACCCUGUGGCCCGGGAACUGAGGGCCUUCGUGGAGGCCACCUUUCAGAGACAGUUUGUGCUCACGCUGAGUGAACUCAAGCGCCUCUUCAACCUGCACUUGGCCAGCCUGCCACCUGGUCACACGCUGUUCAGCGGCAUCUCGGACCGCAUGCUGCAGGACACGGUGCUGGCCGCCGGUUGCAAGCAAAUACUGGUGCCUUUUCCCCCACAGACUGCUGCAUCCCCAGAUGAGCAGAAGGUGUUCGCCCUCUGGGAGUCUGGAGACAUGAGCGAUCAGCACCGACAGGUUUUGCUUGAAAUCUUUUCCAAAAAUUACCGGGUCCGCCGGAACAUGAUCCAGUCGCGGCUGACUCAAGAGUGCGGAGAGGAUCUGAGUAAACAGGAGGUGGACAAAGUGCUAAAGGACUGCUGUGUGAGCUACGGUGGCAUGUGGUACCUUAAAGGGACGGUACAGUCUUGACAGUAGUCACAGACCACUCACCCAGUGCGUCGAAGUCCCAGGAAGGCCGGCGGAGCCGGCGGAGGUGGACGCGCCUCACCUGCUUCCGAAGCCACGGAGCAAGAGGACCUGACCGUCCCGCGGCUGGGGUGUCGUGCUGUCUGGUGGCCAGCGGGGGUCACCCUCAGCCAGUGGCAGGGUCAGCUUCAGUAGAUCGCUCCCAGAAGACGGCGGCCGGGACCUUCUUUACAGUAUAAUUUGAAAUCCCCAAUUGUAUUUUGCUUAUUAUUUGGUUUCAUUCUCCUAAUAAAGAGAGUGUAUACUGACCACAGGCAGGCUGAUAUAAAUCAUGGUUUAAUAUUUUACUUUUCAAACUUAAUGCCAACGAGGUCUAAGUUAUGUUUACAAGAUGAAGAAAACCUCAAGGUUUUAAAUAUUUAAAAUGUCUAGAAGCCAGUGUGUAGUUUUUGAUUAUCUGCUAAGACUUCUGCCAAUUUCAUUAAACAAACCAAAUCGAA